AAUAAGGUGAAAGGAGCCCUAGAAGAAGAAUAAUAAAAAAAUAAAAGGAAGGAUAUUCUGUUCUAGCGGUGUUGGAUGUUCCCGCUUCAGUUGCGCGAAAUCCCAUACAUUAGGACACUCUUGGCGGCUCUCUGCCAGUAUUCAACUUCCCUGAAAUUCCUCCAAACACGUUUCUUUUUCAAAUUUUCAUUUUCUCUCUCUCUCUCUUUUUUUUUUCCUCAAGAAAAUGGGAGCUUACUGCAAGGAAAAUCCCUCUGUCUCUCCGGCUUGUAACUUGUCUCCUUCUCACGAUCUCAGGCUUUCGAAACACGUCCAUGACAACGUCCACGGCAACAUUUAUCUCGAUCCUCUCUCUUUGAAGUUUAUUGACACAGAGCAAUUUCAAAGGCUUCGCGACCUGAAACAACUUGGAAUGGCACACAUGGUUUAUCCAGGGGCUGUGCAUUCCAGGUUUGAGCAUUCUCUUGGGGUGUAUUGGCUUGCUGGUGAAGCUAUCCAAAAGCUCAAAACCUAUCAGGGUUUGGAGCUUGGUAUUGAUCAAUUUGAUGUUCAAACAGUGAAAAUUGCAGGACUUCUACAUGAUGUAGGCCAUGGACCUUUUAGCCACUUGUUUGAACGUGAAUUUCUCCCCAAAGUUCUUAAUGGCUUCAAAUGGGCACAUGAGCAAAUGUCAGUGAAGCUGAUUGAUCAUAUUGUUGAUGUACAUCAUAUUGAUGUUGAAUCUGAGAUGAUUAAAAGAGUCAAGGAAAUGAUUCUAGCUAGCUCAGAGUGUGCACUACCAAAAAGUGCAAAGGAGAAGCAAUUCUUAUAUGAUAUUGUCGCAAAUGGUCGGAAUGGAAUUGAUGUGGAUAAGUUUGAUUACAUUGUCCGCGACAGCCGAGCUUGUGGCCUGGGAUGCAGUUUUGAUUUCCACAGGUUGAUGGAGACAAUGCGAGUUUUGGGUGAUGAAAUCUGCUAUCGUGCUAAAGACUAUCUUAGCAUCCACAAGUUAUUUGCUACUCGUGCUGAUCUAUAUCGAACAGUCUACACCCACUCUAAAGUGAAGGCAAUUGAGCUUAUGCUAGUAGAUGCACUGUUGAAAGCAAAUAGUUAUCUAGAAAUUUCAUCUGCCAUUCAAGACCCUUCUGAGUACUGGAAGCUAGAUGACACAAUAAUCAAAACUAUUGAGACAGCACCAGAUGAAGAACUCAAGGAAUCUAGAGAUUUGAUUCUGCGCAUUCACAGGAGAAAUUUAUAUCAGUUCUGUAAUGAGUAUUCAGUACCAAAAGACAAACUAGAACAUUUCAAAAAUGUCACUGCACAAGACAUUGCUUGUUCUCAGAAAAAUGGUGGAGUAGUACUAAAAGAAGAAGAUAUUGCUGUUUGCAAUGUCAAAAUUGAUUUGACUCGUGGAAGGCAAAAUCCUCUUGAAAGCAUCAACUUUUUCAAGGAUUAUGAGAGUGAGGAGAAGUUCCCCAUACCAGAUGAUCGCAUAAGUCACUUGCUGCCUACAUCUUAUCAGGAUAUGAUAGUGAGGGUGUAUUCCAAAAAACCUGAAUUGGUGGAAGCUGUCUCAGAGGCAUUUGAAAAUUUUCAACUAAAAACCUAUGGAAUUAAAGCUCAAGUGCAUGCUACGCCAGAGAAGAAGAAACGGCGGUUGUGAGGUUACAUUGUGAUGAUUGUUUCUCCUUGUUAGUCCCAUUCUAUCCAAAAAAUAUAUAGAGCAUAUUUUCAUUUGCCACACAAAGUAAAUGCAGUUCAAAAGUUAUACACUAGAUGGUUGUUAAGUAAAUGAUUUGGGCCAUCUAGCUUUCCCUCAGCUGAAAGAAUCAUACUGAUGUCAAAUGGACCAUUUUAUAUAGUUGAUCAUUUGUUAAUUGAGAUUUUGUAUUAAUUCUGAUUUUGAGCGAACAUUUGAACUGAACUUGUAAUUGCUUUUGCUACCACGAAACAUUUAUGUUUCCAAGCUAUCAACCUUGCUGCUCUCCUAAUAUGAUGGGUUUAUUUGAUGUCCACAAGGUUUAAGGAGUAUUCUCUCUCCACACUUUAUUAAUGAAGUUCUUACAUUGUACCUUUAGCAUUUGGCUUUAUUUUUCGGUUGAGCAUUUGGCUUGACAAAUAAAAGCACAAAAACCAGUUUGCUGGUAAUGUUCAAGACAGGUUGAAAUGGCACUAUCUGAUAAAUUUUAGUGAAUGGCAUAUGAAAAUGAAAUGAUCUAGUUGACUCAAGCAAGACAGGAAGUAUCAUCAGCUCAUUAAGGAGAAUCAAUGAAAAUAGUGAAUUUAGCGGAGGGAGAGCUUGCUAUGAUGGUGCAUUCAAGACCAGUUGGUUUCUUUCUUUUGCCGGGUAAGAGUAUACUCAGCAUACCAUGUUGAUUAGAAGCAUCAUUAACUGUUUACAGAAUGGUGAAUCUCAUUUAAAUCUACAUUAAUUUCUGCAUGAUUAGAUGAAUGCUUGGAGAAUAGCUCUCGUGAUUAUUUGUAGCAGUGCUAAUCAAGUUUUGACAUGUUCAUGUGUAUUGCUUCUGUCGGUGGGAGCACUCUACUUUGCAUAUACUUAUCCACAAUUUAAUAUGAGAGCUGCCAUCAAAGGAGCUUAACAAGAGAAUAUGGUAAGGUUUUUUAGUUGGUGCUACUACACUAUUAUUAUCUUGUUUUCCUUGACUAAAUGUUCAAGUUUUCUUGUCUUGGGCAAAUUAUUAGUAUAUAUCCAGUAAAACAAUCGUGGAUUGUUUGACUAUUGGGAAAAUGAUAGAUCAAACAAUUCGUAUAUUUAUAUUAUAUUUUUGACGUUUGUCAAACUUAUAUAUGAUAUUCGCUAAAAUUUUAAAUUGUUAUUUGUGUAUUUUUUUCAUAUUGUUUUUAUAUUAUGUAAUUUUGUCCUAUUUAAAAUUACUAGAUCUAGGAAAGGGUAAGGCUUUUGAGUAGGGAU